AAAUGACAGGCAAAUUAUCCUGUAUAAUAUCAUCAGUUGUAGUAGUGCCCCACCACCCCCAGUAAUGUGAAAAGUCUUGUUCUCCCUUGCACACUUAAUGUGAGCCUCUCUAAGCUCUAGUGUACAUGAUAAACUCACUACAUACCAUGGAGGUCAUCCCAAAAAGCUGAAGAGCUUCCUGCUCCUGCAUAAGCCAACAGGGACACCACAGACACCUGCCAAAGCCAGGAUUCUAUGGAAUCGAAUGGAAUCCCACUCUGCGGGAUGUUUGGAAAUUCAUGGCAAUCAGGUGAAGUCCCAGGGGACUGGAAAAAGAGAAACAGUGUCCCCAGUGUUAAAAAGGGCAGAAAGGAGGCUCCUGGUGGCUGCCAACCUCUUGGCCUCACCUCUGUGCCUGGGAAGAUGGUGGAAGAAGAAAUCUACCCUUAUGCUAAGGCAUAAGGAGGGUAGAUUUAAUUGGAUGCUCAUGGAAAAAUUAAUUGGGCACUUAUGCAUGAAGUACCUAGAUGCUCAUGCAUACACUAAUUGGGAAUUUAUUAACACCUCUGUGCAAAAAAUGAGAUAUUGGCCUGCUUUUUGAUUAGGUUCUCCUACAUGCAUUGUAGGAGAUUGUGAUCCUCCUUGCUCAUUUCAGAAUCUGGAUUUUGUUUUUUUAUGAUGCUAAUACAGAAUUCCUUUCAAGAAGGAUCUAUAAAAAGUAAGGCAAUUCUUAGAAAUACCCAAGUUGCCUUUCUUUCAAGACUGAACUUUCAGACCUGAAAACCUUUGUGGGACUGAUUCUGCCAGAUUUUCUCUCAACAAGUCUCCUCUGUCCUUGAGCAAUAUUGUUAAUGGGACAAACAAGUGGACGUCAAGAAAGAAAUAAGAAACCAGAGGUGGCACCAAGCGAGAUCAUGGAGGCAGAAAUUGAAGUACAAAAUACUAAAGAGGAAACCAAAGACGUGAAGGCCAAAAACCAGAAGUUGACAUCAGUCUUUGGUUUGGCAGACUUAAAAAAUGAAGCUAUUGGACUGUACAACCUUGGGCAGAGCUGCUGUCUGAACUCUCUGCUCCAAGUGUUCCUCAUGAACAUACACUUCACAAGGAUCCUCCGAAGGAUCACAGUGCCCCCAUCUCCUGCACAGAGGAGGAACAACGUCCCCUACCAAAUGCUCCUGCUGUUGGAGAAGAUGCAGUGUGGCAAGUGCAAAGCUGUUGGUCCCACAGACCUGGCUUGCUGCCUUUCAGAGCACAGAGUGGAAUUGUUUGUGCAGCAUGAUGCUGCUCAGCUCUUUCUGACUCUCUGGAACUUGUUAAAGAAGCAGAUGAAAAAGCCAGAGCUGGUUGAAGAGCUGAGUGAUUUGUACACGAUCUGCAUACAGGAGCAUCUGGCCUGUCAGAAGUGCUCUUUUGAAGUAAAGAACAACAGCACCAUGUUAACCCUUCCACUCCCAGUGCUGGAUGCCAAUUCUCACAGGCUGAAGACUCUGGAGGACUGUCUGCAAUACUUCUUCCAUCCAGAGGAGCUGACUGGACAAAACAUGUGUUUCUGUCAACAGUGUGGGAGGAAAACAACUUUUCUGCAGAGCAUGAAGCUCGUCCAUCUGCCACAGACUCUGGCCUUGCACCUAAAGCGCUUCUGCUUUGAGAGAUCCUCUCGCACGCAAAAGCUGAGUCUCCACCUGCCAUUCCCACAAGAACUGGAUCUCAGGGAAAUCUUGACAGAAAGUCAGUGCCAAGCAGAUGACAGUGAAAAGGGUACCUGGCAGUUUGAGCUCUUUGCUGUUGUUGCUCAUUCAGGAUUGAGCAGCUGUGGACAUUACUGUGCCUACAUUCGGAGCCUCACAGACUGUAAAUGGUAUUGCUUCAACGACUCUGAGGUUUGCCAGGUGUCAUGGGAUGAUGUUAAAUGCACCUAUGGGCAUUCCAACCUCUACUGGAGAGAAACAGCCUAUCUCUUGUUUUACAUGAAAAAGCACCCUCAGCAGCCCUGGCCAGGAGUAUCAGAAUGUCUCUGAAAGCUGUGCAUUGUCUGUGGAGCUCAGCACCUCUGUGCCAGUGAGGACAUGUCCAAAUGUUUCACCAGAAAGACAUUCUGCACUCAGUAACCUCAGACUUCACAUUUGGUGAAAAAAGUGCAGCAGACACUCAGCUUAGGGAAAGGAUCUAGAAACUGUUGCAGCUAGGGACUUUUUCUUUAGUGCAAUUUUUAUAUUUAUGUGACUCCACUUGUUCAUUUCCUCUUUAAAAGAUGGUGAAGAUAGUCCUUGUCUCUGCUGCCUUACUAUUUUCCUUAAUGCUGAUGCCUGGAUCCCAGUGCAGGGGAAGUGCCUGGGCUGAAAGCCUGUGUGAUGUGCCAGGGAGGUGUGGGAGCCAUACAGAGCCAGCAAGAGCUUGAGAUUUACUUUGUCCUUUUAGCACCAUGUUAGAUGCUGGAAAGCUGGGCAGGAGACCCCCAAAAUCACCCCAGAAACAACUGGAGGAAGGAUCAGAACCCUUAUGACACACACAUCAGUGGCACAUACUCCUUAAAACCUCCCAGAAAAUGAAUCACUGCAGGGGCAGAGAUGUGUCAAGAGGUGUUUCAAAUCAGAAGCUAUUGGAGCAGUUCUGAUUUCCAAGAUGAUCUGUUUAAAUUUGUGCAGGUGAUUAUUAUUUUAACAGGCUUAUCAGGCUUUUAGAUGCAUUUUCUUUCCUGUAGAGGAAAAUAUUCAGAACAGCAGAGAUUCUGAAGCUGGUUCAUGAUUUUGCACAAUACAGGCCAUACAUGGUGGUAAGGGAAGUGAGGUGCCUUGAUAUGAUUGAAUUUUUGGGAUUUUUGGUUGUGUGGCUUUUAAAACACUUGUGGUGUUAACUCUUGCUGAUCCUCUUAGAUUGAGAAUCCUAGCAGUUUGGGAUCUGGAAGUACCUUCACCCUAAUACACCCUAUUACUGUAUCCUUACAAAGGUGCUGUUUUUGUGGGGUGAGCAAUUAAAAAAUUAUAUUAAAAUUAUAUUAAUUAUAUAAAACUAAUAUAGAUAUAUUGCCAUCUAUGUAUAACCCAAUUUUAUUUUGGCAAUGAUGGUGGAGUUCACAAACCAUGUCCAUUUUCUGAAGGUAAACUGAAGAAUCUUAGAGCAUAGCUGUGAAAUUACUCAUUUAUGGUGUAGUAGGUAUUUAUUUCACUUAUUAGCAAGGUCCAUUAUUCUGUUUGUUCAGCUGUGUAUUUGUAUUAUUUAUUCUGUGUUAAAAAAAUCCCAGUGUAUUAUUUGCCAUCAGGAUGAGGAAUUUUCAGCCUGUUCACCUUCAGGAAUAUAUUGCAUCCUUUCUAAAGCAUCUUGCAAUGAGUGAGUAAGAAAACCAAGUUUCUGUUUGCUUUUUCAAUACUUUACCUUUAUAAAGGAGCUGGAAAAAGCUGCAUUUUUCUUAGCUGAACUGAGAAGUUAAUGAGAUAAGAGAACUGACAUUUCUAAUUAGCUAUAACUUAAAAUUUAAAAAUUUAUGCUUAUGAAAAAUGCCUUAAAUGCGUCAUAACCUUCCAAGGAUGUCACCCAUCAAGGAAACAAUUGCAAAGAUAUAUUUAAGAAUGUUUGCAAUCAGUGGAAAAAACCCCGUUUAAUUCCAAUGAAAAGUAAUCACUGUUUUUUUGAAUAAAAUAUAAUGGGAUACAUCCCUUAAAA